AACACUGGUUGAUCUCGUGACUAUAACACACACACACUCAUACGCGUACACACGCACACACACAGGCAAGCACACACACACACCUUAACCAGUCAGUUACCAAGACGCAGACGAUAGAGAAGGUGGAAGGCGCGCACACACACCUCCAGCCUUCUUCUUCUUCUUCGUCCCUGCUCAUGGAAUAACAGGCACAAACAAGCGGAGCCCUUGUUUACGAGUUUCCCUGCCUUUUUACACACCGUGGAACACUUAAAACCAAAGGGGUUUUCAACGGAAAGACAUCCCGCCAAAUCUCCUUCAUCUUCUUCUUCUUCUUUCUUUCUCUCUUUCUGUUCUUCUUCUUCUCUCCUCCUCCUCCUUCGACGACAUCGCCUCCACAUAUUCCAUCAUUCUCUUCGCCUACAUCUAAUGAAGAAGACGAAAAAGAAGAAGAAAAAAAGGGGGAAGAAAGAAAAAGACAAAGAAGAAGAGAAGGAAAAACGAAUGAAAGAACGAAAAGAAAGAGAGAAAAGAACGAGAAAGGAAAUACUCAUUUAAACUGCUCAUUUGGAUACAAAUAUACAUAUUUAUAUAUGUAUAUAUAUGUGUGUAUAUAUAUUUUUAUUUUAAAAUACUGAACAUCAAGAAGGAGACAUACCCGUUGCUACAAACAACACGGCUCCCACCAGCGCCAACACCACGAGUAACACCACCAGCGCCAUCACCACCACCACCUUCAUUCGUUUAAUGUUGUCACCAUCAUCAUCAUCAUCCUCAUCAUCAUCGUCAUCAACAACAUUAGUGCCCAUAACCUGCUAUAUUAAUAAGCGAUUAUAAUAAUCAUCAUCAUAGCCAUAACUGACAACACGACUCAAGUUAGCCGUUCAUUCAUUUUCUAAAAACAUCUCUUCGUGUCUCUUUACUACUACAACCAACACCACUACUACUACUACUACUACUACUACUACUACUACUACUACUAUUCCCGUUCUUUUUUUUUUCUCGUUUCCCGUUGUUGUUUUUUUUUUCUGUUUUCAUACAUUCGUACACAUAUAUAUAUAUAUAUACUUACACACAUACAAUAUAUAUAUGUACAUUGCUGCAUAUAUACAUACGCUCAUACAUACACGCAUAUUUACAUGCACUCUGCGGGCGUACGUUUUAUCACGGUGGUGCUCCAGCAUGACCACAGCCACUUGGCUGAAACCCAUAAAUAAAUAAAUAAAAUACACAGGUACAUAACACAUACGUAGACACAGACAUAACAUGUAUACAUACUCACAUUGAUAGAUACGUUCAUACAUAGACUUACAUACAUACGGACACACAUACAUACAUACAUACAUACAUAAAUACAUACAUACAUACAUAAAUACAUACAUAAAUACAUACAUACAUAUUACAUAAAUACAUACAUAAUACAUAUUACAUAAAUACAUACAUACAUACAUACAUACAUAUAUGCGUACGUACAUGCAUUCAUAUAUAUACAUAUAUACAUACAUAUUUACAUACACCGAGAGCAAGCAUUUUCUAGCCCCAAUGUAUGAGCGGCAACUGUGGCUGGGUGAAUACACGCACGAGGGCGAAUAGCACACACACACACACACACACACACACACACACACUUGCAUACACAUACAUCGUCGUCGUCAUCGUCAUCAUCAUCAUCAUCACUAUCAACAGUACCACCACCCACGACCACAACAGCCACAACUAGAACACUGAACAACAACACCCACCCACCCAAACGGCAGCAACAAUCAGUUGAACGCCCUCAUGCGAUCUAUGUUAGACCUUCUGCCUUGCACCACCAACGAUCUCGCAUGCGGCCCUGGAACCAUCCAGAUCGCUACGAUGAGCGUGUGUUCGGUGUUGUACAGUGUGGAGCGGGCGUUCUGUGUCGGGGGCUUGUGUGGCAUCGGUGGUUCCGGCACUGAGGGCGGUGGCGGCGGCGGCACUGGUGGCGGCGGCGGUGGGGGUGGUAGUGGCGGUUGUGGCUCGGGCGACAAUAACAAUAUGAAGGAUGUAUACGUGACCACCGCACCGAAGGAUGUAACCAUGACACACCGUGGUUCUCCACCAACAACUCAUGCACCUACCUGGAAGUUCUGGAGAAGGUUGUCCUCUAGAAGGAACGCAAAUGAUAAGAAAGGCGGAGAUAGGGGGGAAUACGGCGGCAGUCUUCUCGUGAGCCACUCCGAUGGACGCGGAAGACGUGAAUGUAUUCUCAAAGAAACUAUACGUCUCUCUAAUGGCGUAUCCAACGAAGAAGACGACCAUCUCGAAGACCUCCCCGACGUUCUCGAUAACAACGCUCUGCGACGGUCGCAGUCAUUGAAGCCCCCACCAAAGCCUCCCAGACUGUUCUUGAUGCGUUCGACUUCGAUUACGAAUCAUAGAAACUCGAUAACGCCGUCUUCGUCGCGGAAUUCGUUUCUCAUGUCCCCGAGCACGAAUUCCAAGGAGGAAGCAAUUAUCAAAUUUCCUAUUAACAUUGAAAACGGGCGCUUUUUGAACAACUCUCCGUACAACGGAACCGUUUCUUCCCCCAAAAACCCCGAAGCUGUGGGUCAAAUGACUCCAGAUUUAACGACCAAAUCCAUUCGCAGAGAAAAACGUAUCAAAUAUUCGGCAAACGGCAAUCCGAUGCGUAUCAAAAUGGACUUGCCUGCCACAGGCCAACUGCAAAAUGCCCGUGAAAAGAUCACCCGGCAUGGCAUUAUAUUACAUUGCCUUACUGAUUUAUUAUGUCAGCGGUUGAGACCGGCGGACCUUAUCGAAAAAAUGUACAAGGAACAUGUGAUAACCACAGGCGACCUACAAGCAUUCAACGGUCAUCCAGACCAGAGAUUGGUCUGUGAGAGCUUAGUGAACAACGUAUCUCGAGGAGACAGCCAACAGUAUGAGUCUUUCUGUAACGUCCUUCGCAAUACGGACGGUUAUAGAGAUAUUUCCGAUAUUCUAGACGCUAUGACUCGGAUAUCGUUUAUGAUUUCCGAUAUUCCGAGUUCAGAUCAAGAAGAUAAUGUCCUCGCUGAUGAAACAACGAUGAAGUUUGACGUAGGUUUCUAUGACGAUUCGAUCCGUCAACUGAAGCCUGUCGUCGAACUUGAACGUAUCAAAGACGUCAAUGGUAAAUGGGGGUUGCACAACUCCAACUCUUGUUCGUCACAGAUAUCGUCUAGUUUUCUAUCGAAGGAUCAACAAAAUAACACAACGGACAUUAACGGCAAUGGAAAAACUAAUUUAGUUCCAAUGAUGACGGUCAGUAUUCUUGGACACAACCUACAAGGUAAACGUGCCAUGGUUCUGGCAGAAGUUCUUCACAGAUACAACUGUAUUCUUGAACUGUGCCUCGGCAAGACACAGUUGACAGGUUCGGACAUUGGUUUGUUGUCCAUACCUUUGCAAAAAAAUAACAGUUUAACUGUUUUGGAUGUACGACUUAACAAUAUUGGAAACGAGGGAGCUACAAUGGUUGGUAACGCCCUGGAACAGAACUCCACUCUCAGACAGCUAAAUCUAUCGUCAACAGGUAACUUUCAGUUUAAUUUUCAAUCUUUUAUUUAUUUCCGUCUCCCUCUGAUAUUUUUGUGUUUUUAACAAAGCCAGUCUGUA